GUUUGUUUUCAUCCCUGCACAAGAUUGUCAUCAUCUAUGCCUAUUCCGGUAGCGCUUCCGUUUACCCUGUCACACCUUCACUUUCUGAGAUAAUGUUUGGGAAUCACCACCACACCAAAUUUUGUGCAACACUGGCUCUCGAUGGUUUGUCGUGGAUCUGGAAGAUAUUCUCAAACGACCUUACCAAUAUAUCUUCUUCUAUAUCAAUCAUUGGAUACUACUGCCCAAUUAAUUUGUACUCACAAUGUCGAAUCCACGCUUACUUACCCAAGGGGCUAUGGCCCAGGUUAUACAACAGGCUCGAGAUCCCAAAACUGGAGAUCCAGUCAGGCCACUGCUGGGAAAAGGGGAGAUGCGUCUCUACAGCUUUUACAAGCCAAGUCUCCAGGCAAAAGACUACACGAUUAACGCAACCCAGACCAUCACUUCUGGCACCCAAAAACUUACCCUAUAUAACACAAAACCUGACGUGAGCGAUUUGGGCAUGGCCGGCCAGCGAUUCGAGGUCAUAGUACCGCGUUUUGGUCUGGACACGAAGUUGAUCAACACUUAUUAUCCUCCUGAUGGCCAUCAAGACGAGGCUCGCAUUUUGCCUCACAUUGUCUUGAAUGACCCCCAUUAUCCCUGGGAAAUAUCGCCAGGAGUGACAGCAAACAUGAACGAGGAAAUUGAUUUCGGCCCUGUAGUUGGAAGUGACGGGAAAACUAAAACCGUGGCUCGUUCAAUGGUUCCCUGGGUAGCUCUUCUGGUCUUUGACCCCGAGGAUCUACAGCUCACAGAUAUCGGAGAAGCCACAGCUCUCGGCCUUCCGGGAUUUAAAUCUGACGAUGACCUGAAAAAACAAACCUCCAAUGGCAGUUUCAGCAUGACAGUUGCUGAUUACUUCGCAAACAUCACAGAAACAUCAAGAAUCAAUUAUGCUGCUGGCUACGAGGAUCCAGCCACCGGCAAACUGCCAAACCCGUUGCCCCAAGAAUACGAUGAGAUACUGCGCACGCUAGACCAAACAAAUGUCAUCUUCCCCCAAAAGUCUCUCGUGAAGAAGCUAUUCACGGACUCGACCAGGGUUGACACAGCCAGCAACAAGUAUGGCAUAGAGCAGUACAAGUACAUGUCUCAUGUCCGAGAAAUUAAUACCGAAGGAUGUCCAGAUGCUGGGGUCCAAGAACAGGGAAUAUUCUCUGUUGUUAUUGCGUCAAGAACAGGGGCCCUUCGAGACAAGGUUCUGAGGAAUAAUGCUUGGACCGAGCUUCCUACCAAUAUCUCGCAGCCGCGCACUCAGAUCUGCCAUCUUGUGUCGAUUGAGCAUCUGGACUCGACAGUUGAUACAUGGACACCAGAUCAGCCCAGCCAACGUGUUGGUAUGAUAUCGCUCUUCUCUUGGAUCUAUACAGCAAUGCCCCCGAACCCUGUCAAUUUCGUUACAGCAGUACGAAACUUGACCGAGAAUCAGCAGAUGCUCAGGGUGGAUGACAAGGUCCUUGCUGGUCUCGAUUUAGCCAAUAAGCAGAAUAAUGCGUUCAGGGAUACUAGCAGUAUCAAAUCUCAAGUGUCUACUGUUCUAGCUGAUCGGCUUCGAAUGGGAUACACAAUUUCACGCUGGAGAACACAGACAGGCGAGGAAACAAGUGCCUUUACUCGGGGACCACUUGUGCCACUGCCAACACCAGCAGUCCCUGCGCCAAACACAAUUCAAGACUGCUCUUUCACUUCCCAGGAUUAUCAGAUCCUUGAUUCCACAACGGGAAUGAUGGACCUUUCAUAUUCAUCUGCCUGGCAGCUGGGUAAAUUACUGGCAAUAUCCGACACGACCUUCAGUUCUGCCUUGAUGCGGUUUCGAUCACUUGUUCGGAAUGCAUCAGUCAACUCGACCAUGAUGCAGGCUAAUAACAUGACAGCAGCAGCUGAUGUUGUUGCAAGUGUCACAUCAACGAUCAACAAUCUGAAAACUCUAGCUACUGCACGCCCUGGGAUACAAGGAACUCCUCAAAGGGUCCGGCCACCAAGUACUCGCAAGGCAAUAACUAGUGUCGGCCAUGCGGUAGCGGCGUCAACCUUUCAAUCCGACAUAGAGAAAUCUGUAAGCUCCAAUACAGCCGCGGGACAAGACUCCAGCGGUACACCAGUACCCUACAAUGGAUUUAAUCUCCAAGGUCCUAGCAAUAGUGACUGGGUGAUAAUCCAUACUUGGCUAGCAGACAAGCUCUCACUUGGGGGUAUUCCGUCUCAAUAUUUACUGCCGGAGCCUUCUUUCCUGCCACCUGAAUCACUUCGCUUCUUCCAUAUCGACGAUUUCUGGUUAGAUUGCCUUCUCGACGGGGCAUUAUCUGUGGCCAAUCACCUGGAUUCAGACGAUGAUGUUGUUCGCAGGCAGAUCAAGACACAGUUCAACUCUUACCUUUCGACGCCUGUUCCUGAUGCUGGGUAUAAACCUCAAGUUCCUUGUUAUGGGUUUUUCAUAAGAUCAAAGGUCAUCAAGGCGAUGCCAGAUAUGAAGAUCUCUGUCACCUGGAAGAAUCCAGAUAAGAGGUAUCCGGUCUGUCGUUGGACCAAGUGGGAUGAUCAGACACUAAUGUGUCUUCUGGACCGGCAACCUCAAGAGCUGGACCAUAUCGAGUUAUCACAACCGCAGCACCAGCAAAGAUUUGCCAUCGGUGAGGCUAUCGACGCUACCGGCUCAGGGAAUAUCACAUUCAUGCUCCGGACGCUCUUUACAGUUGCCCCAGGCAUCUCUCCCGAUGGAAGUCAAGUUCCUGAUGACAUGUCUCAGGGUUGGCUAGACUGGGACUCAAGAGCGAUCAACAUUAGAAAACUUGCAGUGGACGUCAACCAGCUGCUCAAUAAGGCGGCCCCAGGGAAAUAUGUUGACCCCACGCCCAACUCGUGUGAGACGGGAUUAGAGCUCAAUGAUCCGAGAUACUAUUUCACAAUCGUACCACCACCAGGCGUUGAUUCCACUCCCAAGCCGAGAAAUCGUCAGCUUUUUGUUCGCAAUCCAUCUACAACUCCAUCACCACCACAGCCUCCCACUCCGCCUCCGAGCCAGCCCCCCAAGCCAGGAGAACCGAGCGGACUGAACCUCCCACCUCCAGUUCCACCUCCAGCACAACUGCAAAAACCUGCCAAUAAGCCGUUGUCAGCCCCAGCAGCAUCAUCACCAGCGCAUCAGCGGCCUCAUACAGCGACUCCCGCUAUAAUUCCACAGCCCACAAACAGGAAAUUUGUCACGCAACUCGCCAGGUCCUCUGUUGGGUCUACUUCAACGCCACAGUCUCGGUUUGAUAUGAAGAUUUAUGUCGACUACCGGGAUCCGCCUACACGAUUUACCGGUCCAUUCGAAAAGUACACCGCCACCGACUAUGUGCCUACCAACAAUAAAUACUACUUUGAUCUCAUCUUCAGCAUCCGAAAAAAGCCCAUUGCUGUCAAGUCUGACUACAAACUUCUCAAGGUGGUCAUCGAUAUCCCUAUCCAGUCCGUUCCGCCAUCAACAAAUAAGGAAGUACUGUUGACUCCAAGCUACGAUGGACCUGGUGUGCGCAUGCUCAACAAUCAACGAUUCAUCCCUUUUCUCUUCACUGAUGAGAAGCUGCCGAUGCUUCAUGCCGAGGUCGUCCCGCGCUCCUCUUCGCUGGAUGAUGCACUGCAGCUCAACGACUUCAGCUCGUCACAAUUAUCCUUUCGACUGGCCGAGGCAAACAUCGCGCCAGUUACUGUCAUAUCAAAAGUUGUCAUCGAUGGGCAGGCGAGGACGAAGCCGGUAGGCAGGGUAAUUAUUACAUGGACUGAAUGGUAUAGUACGCCAGCAAACCCAGGGGGAGAGCCAGUUAUAAAUCACUAUACACUGCUAAAGCAGAAUGUGUCGGACGAUUAAGAUAGAAUGAGAUAUUAAUUCUACCUUUUUACCUACUAAA